GCACGUCGGCAGUCUUUGACCCCUCUAGGUUAUCUUCCUCCCUCCCCACAACUCACAAUUACAGAGUAACCUUACAUCACCACGCAACUCUAGUCCUGGACACAGCAUUCGGCGUUAUCCAGAGUCAACUCAUGCAUUCUGAAGCAAACCAUCAAGGCACAGAGAGCGGAGAUCCAUGGUCCAGGACAUCGGAGUAAUAACUCCAGGCUUUCUAUUGGAAUAGUUCCAAGCCCGCGUUUCACAAUGGGGCAAACAUCUGAACUAGGAACGCGUCCACAACAUACACCUCUGAAUACCGCGAUCAAUGCAUCAAUCUUUGUCGCCUUCAACGGAAUUCCAACUGUCCCCCCUGCAUCCACCGAUCGCGAUGCUAAAAUCAAGAAUCUCAAACGUCACAAUCGUCUUGUUCGUGCGAACAUUGUUAAAGCUUUCGUGGCGGAAAAAGAGAAGUUGUUGGAGAAAUUUAAGGAUGAUUUCGCGAAGCAGAAAGAUGCUAUUGAAAGAGGAAGAGCUAAUCGAGUCGCAAUUUCCAUGAAGGAGGAUGCGAGGCAGAAGAAGAGUGAAAAGGAACUUGAAGAUCUCUCUUGGUUGAGAGGUCCGAAAUGGUUGUUGGAAUUGCAAGCACAGGAUAGGAAUGGGGGAGUCAAUGAUGUUUCACAGCAGGUACUGCAGUAUAGGGAUAGGAGAUUGAGGAAGGAGAUGGAGGGGCAUAAGAGUGAAGAGUAUGAGUGGAAUCCUAAGGAUUUCCGUUGUCCUGCGCCAGAUAGUGAGACAGAGGAAGAAAAGGAUUUUAGUAGGGAUAGUGAAGGAGAUGUUGUGAUGGGAGGAUUGAAUUCAUCGGGUGUGUCGCCUACAGAACUCAGUACUCCAUCUACCACGACGACGCUUUAUGAGCUCGAACAAAAGCUUGAUAGAGACCUGCAGCGAUUGUUGGAAGAGGGAAUCAAAAAGAUAAAGGAGUAUGAUGUUCAUGCGGACAACUCGUUGAAGGAUUUCAAAGAUAAGUUGGCGCAAGAUAUUAUCAACGGUGUUGGAAUGGACACAACGGAGGGUGAACAAUUGAAGAACACAGGGUCGAAGAUCAAUGUACCAACUCCAUACGUGCCUCAUGUGGGUAUACUUAAAAAGAAGUCUGCUUUAAUGUCAACUUCCUUAGACUCGCCAGCCAGUAUUCGGAAGAAAUCAGUAUCGAUCCAGACCCCAGUGGAGGGCGGGGCUGAUUGCGAUAGCAUUUUGAAGAAGCCGGUACCAAUCCAAUCUUCAACAGAGAAUGAUGGUAGUCCUUUAAAGAAACCUAUAUCGAUUCAAAUACCAGCCAAUAUUCAUAAUGGAGUUUCGGGAAGACCACUUGUACAAAGUCCAAAGGAAAUUACUGGUAGCGCUUCAAAGAAAGUUCGUCUUGAUGAUCCCUUCUGGAAUGGCCCUUCAAGUUCAAGUUCAAGUUCAGGUCCGCUGUUUAUGAAUCAUCCAGCCAGUGCACAGAGCCAGGUUUCUUCCCCAAUGAAUGCUCCUACGGGACCAGCAAAGUCCAGGCGUCCCUCAAAUUCUUCGGAUGGGCCUCAUACUCCUAGUACGCCUAAAGUUUCGACAGGUCCAUCAAAUUCUAAACUUUCCAGGCGUCCAUCAAGCUCUUCGAGUCGACUGCAGAGUCCCAAUGUGGCAGCUUUCCUCGCCGGCUCUUCGAGUUUCAAUGUAUCUACGCCCCGUCUUCUUCAUUCUCGAAGUGCGCCACAGGAUUCUUCUUCUCCUCGUCGGCUAUCUGAUGCCAGUCUGCGAGGUGGUCUAGCUUCGCCGUCCAUGAUUUCCACGCCAUCGACAGAUUCUAAAAGCACAGAUUCCCAUGCUGGCAAAAGUUUCAUAUCAUCAUUUACCUGGCUUCCGAAGCCUGGUAAUCCCUUUGAUCUAAAAACUCUAAUUGGGGAUGAGAUUGAAAUUACUAAACAUGAAUCAGGGAGCAAUUAUGUUGCAUUUAACAGGACUUCGAGACAGACGGGUCACAUCGAUAUCAAAUAUUUCUGGCAGGAUAUCGAGCCCAUCGGACUGCUUGGCACAACCUUCAUAUCUUCGAUCCGAUAUAUUCCAAGAUAUUCCAAUAGCUUCUACGAUUUAGAGAUCCAUUAUGGUGAUAAAGUCAAAAUCACGAGUUUUCACUCCGGCAAGGCAUAUACAGGAUUCAAUACGAGAACAAAAAUAGCAGGGCUAUUUAAUUCCAAAUUUUAUCUAGAGGACAUUAAAGACACCGAGCUAAUCAACAAAACCGCCAUGCUAUCUGGCCCCCGUCACAAUCAUAAUGACGUUCCUCCUCUUUCACAUAUCGGUAAAACCUUCAUAGCAACGUGUACCUUCGGUCCGAAAAGUGCCAAAGAUGUGACUAGUCUGGAAAUUAGAAUUGGCGAUAAGAUUUCCAUUACCAAGUAUGCCUCUGGAGUUAAUUAUAUGGGAUUUAAUGAAAAUUCGGGAGAGACGGGCCAAUUCGACAUGGAUGUUUUCUGGAAGGAUGUUAGGACUUCAAAUUUUGAAUCUGUUGACGGACCAUCUACGUUUAAGAAAAACCCCAAAAACAACAUGAAUCCACAUGUUGGCAAAACUUUCAUUUCAUCGCACACCUAUUUCCCAAGAAGUGGUGCAGCUGAUGAUCUAGUUAUAAAAUCUGGAGAUGCCAUCGAACUUGUCAAGCAUAAAUUUGGUGACGUGUUUGAGGGUUAUAAUACCAGAACAGAUAGGAUGGGCUUAGUCAACAUCUCAUACUUUGUGAAAGACAUCAAUUCUGUUGAUAAGAUUGGAGAACCUUUCUCGGCAACGAGGUCUCGACGUACCGAGAAUCACUCGUAUGGUAGUAGUAUUCCACAGAUCGACGGCAACGACGACUACGAGGAUUAUCCCCAAAUAAAAUCCGCUGUACAUGUUGGCAAAAUUUUCAUCUCAUCACACUCUUGGUUUCCCAAUGAUGGCGGUGAUCUAGCAAUAGGUCAUGGCGAUACUGUUGAAAUUAUCGGUCACAACUUUGGGGAAAGCUAUGAGGGUUACAAUACCAGAACUCAGAGGACUGGCCGAUUCAAAGCCAACUUCUUUCAGAGAGAUAUCGAUGCUGUUGAUCAUAUUGGAAAGACUUUCACAGCCACAAGCAGCUUGCAUGACCCGGACUCUGGUGCUCUACAUAUCAAUCACGGUGAUAUGAUUAAAAUCACAAACAUCAUAGGACUAGAUUUGUACACGGGAAACAAUUUAAGUACCAGACAAACGGGAGGCAAAUUCUAUAUUGAUCAAUUUCGGGAAGAUGUCAAACGUGCCCAUUAUACUGGUAUUGUUGAGAACCGAGCAAACAACGAUCGCCAUUUUGCCGAUGAAAUCCAGGACGAUAUCAACUACAACCAUUCGACUGGUGGAAUUCAAGAUGAUUUCUCGCCUCUCAACUAUAUAGAUAAAGCUUUCACAGCAACGAGUGUCCAGGGUCCUCGAGGGCCUUUGGAUGUCACGCUAUCGAUCUCCAUAGGUGAUAUGAUUGAAAUUAAGAAGUUCGUCUCCGGCUUAACUUUUCGUUGCUUCAACAUCACGAGGGGUAAAUCCGGAAAUGUCAAGUUGGAUGGUUAUUGGAAAGACAUCGAGGCUGCUGAUGGAUCUCUACAUGGCGUGAAUGGAAACCGUAUGGAUGUUGAUUCGCCUAUUAGUAAAAUUUCAACGCCAGGUAGUUUUGGGGGUGGUGUACAGCAACAGCAACAAGAACAAGAACAAUUAGAUAAAACCAGGUUUAAGAUCAAGGGGGCUUCGCGUAACUCGUCACAUGUCAGGGGAAUUUUGUAGCAAAGUGAGAAUUGUACGAUACGGAGAAAAAUAGGAAUGCAGAAGUGGAGUUGAGUUGAAAAGUAUUGAGUAUUCGACCAAGGGGAUGUACAUAUCUGGGGCAUAAAUGGAAUUUGGAACUUUGAUUCUCGAGAAAAAAUACUCACACGGGGAUUGGGGUUGGGGCGUCAAAAGUUUUUGACUUCUUUUCUGUGUAGAAGGAAGUGGGAGGAUUUUGCGUUGUGUUGUUUUGCACUGCAUGUGCUUGGUGAUUUCAUCAUAUUUCUCGAGAGCAGGGAGUUUAUAGAUAGAUACCUAGAUUUUAAUUUAGAUUUUUCUUCGCCUUUUCAUCAUCGACUGUAUUUGGACUUUGAGCACUCUAAUGGAGGGAUCUUGAUGGUGAGCGGGCA